GCACCCUGUCAGUUGUCCAGCAGACAUGCGCGCCCACAGAUGAAACUUGAAGAAGAGGCUGCAGAGAGUUUCCAGUUAAACUUUAUCUCAUCCAGACUGAGCUAACCCACAGAACUCCAGAACCAGGACAGACCAUAAAACACCGGCGAGAUGCUGCCGCUGCUCCUGCUCAUCGUUGUUUUACACAGUCACACGUGUCGGUCGGUGACAGUGAGCACCAGUAAACCCAAAGUAGAGAUACACGAGCACACAGAUGCCGUGUUAUCCUGUGAAUUCAAGACAGAAAAGGAUCAAAACCCUCGGAUUGAGUGGAAAAAGAAAGGAAAAGGAGUGACUUUCGUUUAUUUUGACAAGAAGUUUGCCAAGUCCUACGCGGGCCGGGCCAAAAUAGAAGGAGCGACGCUGACGAUCCACUCUGUGACGCAGAAAGACUCAGGAGAAUAUCGUUGUGAGGUGACCGCCAGCGAGGACCACGUCAACCUCGGAGAGGCCAUCGUGACCCUCAACGUGCUCGUGCCUCCUCACGUCCCGUCGUGCGAGGUGCCGGGCUCGGUGUUUGUCGGCACCGGCCUCGAACUGUUCUGUAAGGACAAGCUCAGCGUUCCUCCGGCCACCUACCGCUGGUACAAGGACAACAAGGCCCUGACGGCCUCAGGAGAUGCUCCGUACAGCGUGGACACGAACAAGGGCACGCUGAAGUUCAAGAGCGUGUCCAGAGACGACUCAGGGAUGUACCGCUGUGAAUCCUCCAAUAGUGUGGGGGCACCAAAGAGCUGCGUGGCCAAACUGCUCACAGUUGUUGAAUCUCCGUGGAAUAUGACGAUGCUAAUAGCAGGUGCCUCAGGGUUUGCCGCACUCGUCCUUUUCUGCUGCAUCUGCGUCUGCGUCUGCCGCCGCCGAGGCUGCUGCAAGAAGAGCAGGAAGACAAAAAGCGCCAAGUCCUACAACCCUCCCCCGCCUCCUCCUCCUCCUCCCAACCGCAACCUCAAGCACUACAAACAAACUCAGUCCUUCAUGAUCUGAGGGGACAGCACUGAUUUCGUCCAGCAUCCAAAGUGGAACGCAGGAACGCUCGCUGGCUCUGCUUCAGGCGAAAAAAAAAUCUUCGGCUAUCAGGUUAAAGCAGAAGCAACAUUUCACAGACCCUUCUUCUUAGUGGGUUUUGUCCAGUUGAAAGUCCAAGCAUUGCAACGCCAUGUGUACAGCUUCAUUAUUUCCCCAAAUCCUGUAAGAUAUUUGAUAUUUUGUUGUUUGUCUUUAAUCUUGCUUUAAAAGCAGAUGGUAUGAGCUUUUGAAGCCACCUAUAGGUCAGUAUAUAUCUUAUUUUGGUAAAACUGUAUAUAAACUGGAUUGAUUUUGGUUGGCAUUUACAUGUAGAUGUUAAAAAUUGUAUGUUUCUUGUCUUUUUUGACAUUUUGUUGACUUAAUGCUGUCUUUCUUGCUAACAUUCUUUAGAAUAACUGGUUGAACAGGUGUCUGCACACACUGAACAGUAUUUUACAAGUUUAAAUUUCUGUAUGCUUAUAUUUUGAGAAAUCUAGCUCAUACUCAAUAAAGAAUGCUGGGUAAAUAUG